CGCACUCUCCGCCGCCGCCGUCGCCAGGGGAAACCGGCGGCCACCCUCAGCGCCGCCGGGAGUGUGUGUGUGCGUGUGUGCGCGCCGGUCCGCCCGCGCCAUGGCGGCCGAGGCCCCGAAGGCGCCGGUGGGCCCGCUGGUGGGCGCCGUGGUGCAGGGCACCAACUCCACGCGCUUCCUGGUGUUCGACGCGCGCACGGCCGAGCCGCUGGGCCACCACCAGGUGGAGCUGACGCAGGACUUCCCGCAGGAGGGCUGGGUGGAGCAGGACCCCAAGGAGAUCCUGCAGUCGGUGUACGAGUGCAUGGCGCGGGCGUGCGAGCAGCUGCGCGGGCAGGGCGUGGACCCCGCGGGCAUCCGCGCGGUGGGCGUGAGCAACCAGCGCGAGACCACCGUGGUGUGGGACAAGCUGAGCGGGGAGCCGCUGUACAACGCGGUGGUGUGGCUGGACCUGCGCACGCAGGCCACGGUGGAGAGCCUGAGCCGCCGCGUGCCGGGCAACAGCAACUUCGUGCGCUCCAAGACGGGCCUGCCGCUCAGCACCUACUUCAGCGCCGUGAAGCUGCGCUGGAUGCUGGACAACGUGACGGCCGUGCAGAAGGCCGUGGAGGAGGGCCGCGCGCUGUUCGGCACGCUGGACUCGUGGCUCAUCUGGAGCCUCACGGGCGGCGCGAACGGCGGCGUGCACGGCACGGACGUGACCAACGCCAGCAGGACCAUGCUCUUCAACAUCCACUCGCUCGAGUGGGACCGCGAGCUGUGCAGCUUCUUCGAGGUGCCCAUGGGCAUCCUGCCGCAGGUGUGGAGCUCGUCCGAGGUGUACGGGCGCAUCAGCUCGGGCGCCCUGGAGGGCGUGCCCAUCUCCGGCUGCCUCGGGGACCAGUCCGCGGCGCUGGUCGGGCAGCUGUGCUUCCAGGAGGGGCAGGCCAAGAACACGUACGGCACGGGCUGCUUCCUGCUGUGCAACACGGGCCGCAAGUGCGUGUUCAGCGAGCACGGCCUGCUCACCACCGUGGCCUACAAGCUGGGCAAGGACAAGCCCGCGCACUACGCCCUGGAGGGCUCCGUGGCCAUCGCGGGCGCCGUCAUCCGCUGGCUGCGCGACAACCUGGGCAUCAUCGAGAGCUCCGAGGAGAUCGAGAGGCUGGCCGGCGAGGCCGGCACGGCCUACGGCUGCUACUUCGUGCCGGCCUUCUCGGGCCUCUACGCGCCCUACUGGGAGCCCACGGCCAGGGGCAUCAUCUGCGGCCUGACCCAGUUCACCAACAAGUGCCACAUCGCCUUCGCGGCGCUCGAGGCCGUGUGCUUCCAGACGCGCGAGAUCGUGGAGGCCAUGAACCGGGACUGCGGCCUCCCGCUGAGCCACCUGCAGGUGGACGGCGCGAUGACGGCCAACCGCGUGCUCAUGCAGCUGCAGGCCGACAUCCUGCACAUCCCCGUGAUGAAGGCCCCGCUCACGGAGACGGCGGCGCUCGGCGUGGCCAUGGCCGCGGGCGCCGCCGAGGGCGUGGGCGUCUGGAGCCUGGAGCCCCAGGACCUGGCCGGCGUGCGCGCCGAGCGCUUCGAGCCCCAGAUCCAGGCCACCGAGAGCGACUCGCGCUACGCCACCUGGAAGCGGGCCGUGGAGCGGUCCAUGGGCUCCGUCACCUCCCAGGCCGCCGACGCCGCCAGCGCCGGCCCCAGCAUCUUCUCCAGCAUGCCCCUGGGCUUCUACAUCGUGAGCAGCAUGAUCAUCCUGAUCGGGGCCAGGUACAUCGCCUCCGAGCCGUGACCUCGCCUGGGUCGGGGGGCGGUCCCCCCCAAGGCGUGAGCUCUCGCGAGCUCUUUUUUAUUAUUUAUUUUUGUUUUUUCAUUCAUUCUUUCUUUUUUUUG